GGAGCGGAGCGUCCUGGGAGGGGCGCCGGCGGCUGAGGAGGGGGCGCGCGCGCCCUGCGGUCCUCCGCGCCGCAUCGGUUCCCGGCUCGGGGCCGCGGCGGCGGCGGGAGGCGGAGGAUGCGGGCUCCGGCUGCGGCGGCGCGGGUCCGGGAGGACGCGGGAGGAUGAGGAGGAGGCCGGCGGUCCGGCCGCGCGGCGCCGGGAGGAGGCGCAGGCGGCGGGGGCGGCGGCGGGCGGCGGCGGGCGCGCGGGGUGCGGGCCGGCUUGGGCGCGGAGGAUGAAGUGGAGCGUCCGCGGGGCCUGCGCCGCGCUCUCCUCCUGCCUCCUGCUCGCCUGCGCGCUCAGCGCCGCCGCCGUCGGCCUCAAGUGCUUCUCGCUGGGCUCGGAGCUGCGCGGGGAGCCGUUCCGGCUGGGGGCGGCCGCCGGCGCCUUCUACUCGGGGCUGCUCCUGGCCGCCGGCCUCUCGCUGCUGGGCGCCGCGCUGCUCUGCUGCGGGCCCCGAGACGCGCCCCUCGCGGGCCCGGGCUCGGGCCCGGCUCUCGGAGUCCCCGAGGCCGCGGCAGGGGCGCCAGAGGCCGCGCCGGGCGAGCCGGGCGCCGCCGCCGGGCCCCCGGGGCCGGUGAACAGCCAGAACCUGCUGCUGCUCGGCGUCCUGGUCUUCAUGCUGGGGGUUCUCAGCGCCUUCGCGGGCGCCGUGAUCGACGGCGACACCGUGUCCCUGGUGGAACGCAAGUACUCCCACUACUGCCUGCCCCCGCGCGCGCCGGCUGCGGCCGCGGGCCCAGCGCCCUCCGGCCCCGGCCCGGCCCCUGGCACAGCGCGCGCGCGCAGCACCCUGGACAGCGCCACGUCGGCCAAGUGCCGCCAGCUGAAGGACUACCAGCGCGGCCUGGUGCUCUCCACCGUCUUCAACUCGCUCGAGUGCCUCCUGGGCCUGCUCAGCCUCCUGCUGGUCAAGAACUACAAGUCGUCGCAGGCGCGGCGCGGCCGGCGCGGCCGCAGGAGGGGAGGACGGGCCCUGGCGCGGCCCCGCGGCGGCCCCGGGCUCCGCGCGCAGCCGCUCGCCGCCUCCAGGGCGCGGCGGGGCCGGCGGGGCCGGCGGGGGCGGCGGCUGCAGCAGCGGCCGAGCGAGGCUUCCAUCCUGUGCCCCGAGGAGUCGGACCUGAGCGCCCCGGGGGACUGCGCGGCCUUCGCCGCACACCACGCCGUCUCCUACAUCAACGUGGGCGUCCUCCGCGCGCUCGACGAGGCGGGCGUGGAGGUGUGCUGCGGCGGGCACCCGUCGGUGGAGCUGCCGGGCUACGCGCCUUCCGACCCGGACCUCGACGCCUCCUACCCCUACUGCUGCCGGCCGCCGUGCGAGGCGGCGCGCCCCUGGGAGCCGAGUCGGGCCUGCUGAGCCCGGGCCCCCG